AUGUGGAAGUUUUUAAUAUUAAUUUGCCUAUUAGUUCAUAAUGGCAAUUCAGUUCUACAAUCAAAUGCUGAUACACUAGUUUUACUAGACAAUUUGGCAAUACGCGAAACACAUUCCAUGUUCUUUAAAUCCCUUCAAGAUCGAGGAUUUAAAUUGACAUACAAAUUGGCUGAUGAUUCCGGAUUGCUGUUGUCACGUUAUGGCGAAUAUUUGUACAAAAACUUGAUCAUUUUUGCACCUAGCGUUGAAGAGUUUGGUGGCGAAAUUAGCGUUGAAAAAUUGGCUCAAUUUGUUGAUGAUGGCGGCAAUGUUCUUGUGGCCGGUAGUGAACAAUCUGGAGAUGCUUUGAGAGAAUUUGCCUCGGAAUGUGGUUUUGAAAUAGACGAAGAAGGUGCUUCGGUUAUGGAUCAUUUGCAUUACGACAUCUCGGAUAAGGGUGACCAUACGACCAUCCUCACAGCUUCAAAGAAUUUAAUAAAUUCGCGUACCAUUGUUGGUAACAGUCGUGAUGAUGUCAAGCGACCAUUGGUGUACAAGGGUACCGGUCUAUUGGCGGACAAGGAAAACUCCUUGGUUUUACAAUUGUUGACUGCCGAAAGUACGGCAUACAGUUACAACCCCGAACAAGCCAUUAAAGAUUAUCCACAUGCUGUUGGUCGCAAUACUUUGUUGAUUGCCGCAUUGCAGGCUAGAAAUAAUGCCCGAGUGGUUUUCUCCGGUUCUUUGUACUUCUUCUCCGACGAUGCCUUUACCAAUUCUGUAACCUAUGCCCAAUCGGGUGAGAGCUUUAAACAAUCUGGCAACCGCGAUGUGGCCAAUGCUAUUAGCAAGUGGGUGUUUGGAGAAACUGGUGCUCUACGCGUGGCCGCCGUUAAACAUCAUCGUGAAGGUGAGACCCAGCCACCAGCAGAAGCAUAUACCAUUACCGAUCCCGUUGUUUAUUCCAUAACAAUCGAAGAAUUGAUUGAAGACAAAUGGCAGCCAUUCAAUGCCAACGAUGUACAAUUGGAAUUUGUGCGCAUCGAUCCAUUUGUACGCACCACAUUGAAGCAUAUUGGCGGCGGUACAUAUCAAGCUAAAUUCAAAAUACCCGAUGUCUAUGGUGUGUAUCAGUUCAAGGUGAACUAUGAUCGCAUUGGCUACACCCAGUUGUAUGAUACAACUCAGGUGUCAGUGCGUCCAUUGGAACAUACCCAAUACGAGCGGUUUAUUCCGAGCGCUUUCCCCUAUUACUGCAGUGCAUUCUCAAUGAUGGUGGGAGUAUUUCUGUUCUCCUUUGUAUUUUUACACUUUAAAGAUGAGAGCACACCCGUAGCAGGUGGCGGUGCUGCAACCAAAAAGGGUGAAAGCAAGAAGAGUCAAUAA